GGGGAGGUGAUCCCCCCUCUGGCUCCGUUCGCGUCCCACGCACCGCUAUGACUCGGUCAACAUGGCGGCCCCGCUGUGCGUCAUGGAGGCCAUGGAGGAUGACGACGCGGACGGCGUGGAGCUGGACGACCUGCAGUUCCGCCACCACCAUCACCACCAUCACCACCACCAUCACCACCACCACGGCGUAGACCGCGCGGCCGGCGGGAGCAGUGGUGGCAGCCAGGACGUGCUCGACGAGGUCGAUGACGACGACGAUGACGACGAGGAGGAGGACGACGAGGACGAAGUGCGCCACGUCGGCUACCGGCGCAAGCGGAGGCGCCGGCGCCGGCGGAAGUCCGUCCCCCUGUGCCCCGCCGCCUCCGCCGCCCUGGACCAGUCGCCGCACCCGCACCACCGCCACGGCCUGCACGGCCUGCACGGCCACCCGCCGCGGCGGCCGCACGGCCUGCGGGAGUCGCUGCUCACCGUCCUGGGCAAGCUGGUGGUGUGGCGGCACGGCGGGGCCACGCAGUACCGACAGACGCUGGGCCACGCGCCCGGCCACGGGGGCCCACCCGAGUACCUCCGCGGCUUCAUCACCAUCGAAACGGAGCGGAGGAUCAGAGCCAACGAUGGGGAGUAUAAUACACAGUUCAACUAUGCUAACAACUACAUUAAGACCUCUAAGUACACCGUUCUGACAUUCCUUCCCCUCAACCUUUUUGAGCAGUUCCAAAGGCUUGCAAAUUUCUAUUUUCUUUGCUUGUUAGUCUUACAAAUGAUUCCUGUCAUAUCCUCCCUAACUCCUAUCACAACUGGUAUACCACUCAUUGGUGUACUUGCUCUUACUGCCAUUAAAGAUGCAUAUGAUGAUUAUCAAAGACAUUCUAGUGACCGUCAAGUCAAUCAACGCAGAUCAAAAGUUGUCCGUAGUGGAAAGUUGGUUGAGGAACGUUGGGCACAAGUUCAAGUUGGUGACGUCAUCCGAAUGGAGAAUGAUCAAUUUGUCGCUGCUGAUGUUCUUCUUCUCUCUACGAGUGAACCAAAUGGCUUAUGCUACAUUGAGACUGCGGAACUUGAUGGAGAGACUAAUUUGAAGUGCCGUCAGUGCCUUGUUGAAACUGCAGAGAUGGGUCAGAAUGAUGGUUUAAUAGGAGCCUUUAAUGGCGAAAUUGUUUGUGAAACUCCAAACAAUCUUCUAAAUAAAUUUGAAGGUACCUUACUCUGGAAAGGAAAAAGGUACCCUUUGGACAAUGACAAAGUGGUUCUAAGAGGUUGUGUGCUACGUAACACCCAGUGGUGCUAUGGUGUUGUAAUCUUUGCUGGCAAAGAUACAAAACUUAUGCAAAAUUCUGGGAAGACCAAGUUUAAGCGCACAAGCAUUGAUAGAUUACUAAACUUCAUCAUUAUAGGAAUAGUUUUCUUUCUGCUGUCUGUGUGCUUGUUCUGUAUGAUUGCGUGUGGAAUCUGGGAAACUAUUACUGGACAGUUCUUCCAGAAGUACCUUCCAUGGGACACACUAGUCCCUAGUGAAAAAAUUAGUGGGGCAACAGUUAUUGCUCUUCUUGUCUUUUUUUCAUAUGCAAUUGUCCUCAAUACAGUUGUCCCAAUUUCUCUGUAUGUCAGUGUUGAAGUCAUAAGAUUUGUGCAAAGUUUUCUGAUAAACUGGGAUGAGAAAAUGUUUGAUGAGAACUCUCAAACUGGUGCAAGAGCACGGACAACAACUCUAAAUGAAGAGCUGGGUCAGAUAGAAUACAUCUUUUCUGAUAAAACAGGAACAUUGACUCAGAAUAUCAUGACAUUUAAUAAGUGCUCUAUAGGUGGUAUAUGUUAUGGGGAUGUUAUUGAUGAAAAGACUGGUGAAGUACUGGAGAGUUCAGCUCCCCUUGAUUUUUCAUCAAACCCAGACUAUGAACCAGAAUUCAAGUUUUUUGAUGGCUCUCUUGUAGAAGCUGUAAGAAAUAACGACCAAGAUGUUCAUGCAUUCUUUAAUUUACUAGCAUUGUGUCAUACUGUGAUGGCUGAAGAUCGUAGUGGUAAUCUCGAAUAUCAGGCACAAUCACCAGAUGAAGCAGCGCUGGUUUCAGCUGCUCGAAAUUUCGGAUUUGUAUUUAAAGAGCGGGCCCCCAACAGCAUAACUGUUGAGGUCAUGGGAAACAGGGAAGUAUAUGAACUGUUAUGCAUCCUUGAUUUUAAUAAUGUGAGGAAGCGCAUGUCUGUGAUUCUAAGGAAAGAUGGCCGUUUAAGAUUGUACUGCAAAGGUGCUGAUAAUGUGAUCUAUGAGAGACUGCAGCCUGGCCUGAUGGAAAUUAGGAAUAAAACUCAAGAGCACUUAAAUAAAUUUGCUGGGGAAGGGUUACGCACAUUAUGUUUAGCUAUCAGAGAUUUGGAUGAAGUGUUCUUUGCUAAUUGGAAACAGCGUCAUCAAGAAGCAGCCCUCUCAAUGGAAAAUAGAGAUGAAAAGCUUGAUUCCAUCUAUGAGGAAAUUGAAAGAGACAUGACACUAGUUGGUGUAACUGCCAUUGAAGAUAAACUACAAGAUGGCGUCCCCCAAACAAUAUCAAAUCUUGGAAUGGCUGGUAUAAAAAUUUGGGUGCUAACUGGAGAUAAACAAGAAACCGCUAUUAAUAUUGGAUAUUCAUGUCAGCUUCUGGCGGAUGACAUGGCUGACAUUUUUGUUGUUGAUGGUCAUUCAUAUGAUGAUGUGGAAGAACAGUUAACUAACUUCAAAGAUGCUCUUCGUACUCAAAUGGGAAAUUCGCACAGCAAUAGUUCCACUAGCCCACAGUGUAAUAAUCACAGGACAGUGGGUGAAAUGACUGAUUCUUAUAACCCUCCGACUGAAGUUGCCUAUAGGUCACAACCAGCAAAUGACCAUGCCAGAAAUAAUGUCACGGGCACUUCCAACACUGCUGUCAGCAUAGUGACUUUCAGGUGGGACCGAAACAGUGAAUCAGAGUAUCAACGGGAUGUAAGUCCAGAGGAACCAGAGAUACCAGCAGGAUAUGCAAUCAUCGUCAAUGGGCACUCACUUGUGCAUGCCUUACAUCCACAGUUAGAAAAACUUUUCCUAGAUGUUUGUACCCAGUGCAGAUCAGUAAUUUGCUGUCGAGUCACACCUCUUCAAAAAGCAAUGGUUGUAGAAAUGCUCAAAAAAAGCCGCAAAGCAGUCACAUUGGCUAUCGGGGACGGAGCUAAUGAUGUCUCAAUGAUAAAAGCGGCUCAUAUUGGCGUUGGCAUAAGUGGACAGGAAGGAAUGCAAGCAGUUCUAGCUUCAGACUAUAGCAUACCUCAAUUUAGGUUUCUUGAAAGGUUGCUGCUUGUACAUGGCCGUUGGUCGUAUUACCGCAUGUGCAAAUUUCUAAGAUACUUUUUCUAUAAAAAUUUUGCAUUUACUUUAUGCCACUUUUGGUUUGCAUUCUUCUGUGGAUUUAGUGCCCAGACGGUUUUUGACCCAAUGUUUAUUUCUGUGUACAAUCUAUUUUACACAUCACUUCCAGUACUUGCCUUAGGAAUGUUUGAUCAAGAUGUGAACGAUCGCAAUUCUCUGGCAUAUCCCCAAUUGUACACACCAGGUCAUAGGAACUUACUUUUCAACAAGAAAGAAUUUAUGUUGAGCGCAAUCCAUGGCUUUUUCACUUCUUGUGUAUUGUUUCUUGUUCCAUAUGGAACCUACAAAGAUGCUGUUGAUUUUAAUGGCCUAGUACUGUCUGACCACAUGCUUUUUGGGAGUGUUGUUGCAACCAUUCUUGUAAUUGUAGUGACUGCCCAGAUUGCUUUAGAUACAUCAUAUUGGACAGUGUUCAAUCACAUCAUGGUGUGGGGCUCAUUAUUGUGGUACUUCAUUUUGCAAUAUUUUUAUAAUUACGUUAUUGGCGGUAGCUAUGUUGGUUCCCUUAGCAAGGCAAUGAAUGAUGGAAACUUCUGGCUUACGACUGUGUUAACAGUUACAAUCCUUAUGAUUCCUGUGCUUGCAUGGAGGUUCUACUUUGUUGAUGUUUUCCCAACAUUGUCAGAUAGGGUCCGUCUGAAGCAAAGACUUGCACAGUUGCGAUCUAGACAAUCUCAGGAUGUUUUACGCACACCAUCUGCAAGGAGAACUAGAAGGUCAAUUCGUUCUGGUUAUGCAUUUGCUCAUCAAGAAGGUUUUGGAAGAUUAAUUACUUCUGGCAAAAUUAUGAGGAAGCUACCACGUCCGAAUGGAGACUUUUUAUUCCCAAUGGCAUUUGCCUCUCCAAGUCAUGCAGCUAAUGCAUCAACAAGGCAAGCCCAUUGCAGUAGUAGCAACACCUCUUCUCCCCAAGACAAUGGGGCUGCAAUGACAGAUUCUGGCAUCAAUUUGUGAUGGUGGUGCAAAAGCACGGGGGGCCAGACCGUGCAUUUCAGUGUCGCCACUUUCAUCUUGUGAUAUUUUUGUGCUUUGCCACAAUAUUAGGCAACAUCUUUACUGAUUGUUGUCUUAUAUUAUAUAAAAUAUUUGACUUCUUUUUAUAUUUUGAUGAGUGAGGACUAUAUAUGUAUGUAUACAUACAGUUGAUCAUUAAGAUGGCACACCCAGUAAGCAUAGGCAGUCAAAUGGGUGUUGUGCAUCUGAAUGUGUUGUGAUUUUGCUUAUAUUUGUAUGUCACCAAUACAAUGUUACCAUGUAAAUUGAACAAAGUGCAAAACUUAAUUGUUUUUAAGGAAAUGAUUAUAUACUUUUGUACUAGUGUGACAAUGACAAGAAUAUCCCUCUUCUCUAGGUAUCAAAGUCACUUCUUCACCUUUCAUUGCGAUGCCUAACUUCUGCAUUUGUAUAUAUACGAAUUGUAUGGUUCUGUAUGAUAUGCUUUAAAAGUUUCUUACCAAAGUUGAGUUAAUUGCUUUAAGGGGGCUUGAGUAUAAAGAUUUAUUUUUGUUGCAGUCCAGAAAGUAUAGUCUAUGAGAAUCUGUAUUUUAAAAGGAAAGAUGUCUAUUUUGUACAUAGAUAUAAAUGUUGGAGCGUCUACAAGAUGGCAUUUAAACUUGUGACUUAAUGUUUUAGAUUUAUUAAGGCACAAGGGAGUACAAUAUUGAUUUUAUCUCUAUGUAGCUUUUAAGAAAACAAUUUUAGUUUCUUGCCAGUCAUUUGAAAUACAUACAUUCUUUCAGUUUUAUUCACAUUAUUAGAAUCCCUCAAGUCUCCUUAAAUUUUGGAAAUUGUGAACAUCUUUCAAAAGAUGUAGGCUGAUAAAUUAAAUAUCUCUCUCUGUCAUGGACUCCCUUAAUUGGUGCAUUCAAAACAUUUGAUUUAAAAAACUGCUUUCAGGGACUAGAUGCACAUUUAUUGUUGAAAUUGAUGUUUUAUUAUUAUUUUGUAACUAUAAUUUGUCUUAACUGAAUGCUCAAUCAUCUCAAUUUUGAGAUACUUUCAACAUGCUUAGUUUCUAUUGUUAUUUUCUUGUAAAGCACACUUUGUACAAUCAAGUGGAAGUGGUCAAGCCUCAGGGUUAAUGCCAGGUUAUAUCAAAUGUGUUUUGGAUAAAAUUUCAGUAUUUGUCAUUUUUACAUUUGCUUUAGUGGCAUUCAGUAUUGUACCAUGGUCAAUGGUUUUCCUCCCUGAUCUAAAUAAUUUCCAUUGGCACAAGUUAACCGUCUUUGUUUCUAUUCUAACUACCAUAGCACUUUUGAGGGUUUUUCUCAACUCAUGACUGAAUCCCGUAAAUUCCUUUUAAUACCCAUAACCAAUGUUCAAGAACUUGCAUUUUUAAUCUGUUUUCCUUUUUUUUAAUGCCAGUUUAUGUAGAUAGAAAAUUCCUAGAGUUGCAAAAUUAUUGAAGGUUAAAUCUCUUUCCUUUAAUUUAAAAUAAUACAGAUGCAUGGUAUUUAAUAAAUGGUGAACAUUGUUCAGCCACCACAUUAUUGUUGUGUAAAUGUACCUGUUUUGUAGGAAACAUUGAAAAUAUAAACUUUGUUAAUUCCUCUCUUGGCCCUCAUUUAGUUCACUGUUAAGUUUGGAUGCACCUUUAUCUUUCUCAGACUACCCGUUAUUAUAAUUUUUGAUUCCUUAAACUUAGCUGGUGAGUAAAUUGAUUUCUUACCGUGCCACCAAUUUAUCAUUCCCAUCGAUUUUUUUACCCCUUUGGUUUUGACACACUUGUGCCACAACCAACAGCACACAUUGAAUAAACACUUCCUCUUUGUUCCUGAUGUCUGUGAUCCAAGCCUUUGGUUCAAAGUAUUUUGCUCUUUGUUCACACCUGCAAUGUUGCAGUAAUUUGUUAUGCAAGAGGUCGUGUGUAUCUCGAAUGCAAAUGUUGUUCAUCAUUAAUGAAGAGCAGUUCUGUGUAUGUUACUUAGAUAUAUUGCGUUCUGUCAGUAUUGUUAACAUGUUAAAUGUACUUAGAGAUGCUUAUGGAAGUGUUUUGUUUUUAUUUAUGCUUUGUCAGAUUUUGUAAAAGAGUUAAUACAAUUUUCUUAUGUCUCCUCAAAUUGUGUACUGUAUAAUAAAAGAAAUCUUGAUAUAUUUGA